AUGGAUUUUGCCGAGCAAAUGCGCCGCCUCCAGGUGGCAUCACCCUCCUCGUCCAGCCGCGAAAGAAGAUUUUCGGAUGCGGACCUAUCUUCCUCGCAGCGACCGCAUCUUCUCGCAGUCUGUGAAAUCCACAAUCGAGGCACAGUCGCGUCUGAAACGGACACACCGGAGCAAGCGCCACCACAAACGGAGCUAGAGCAACACACUUGCACUACUGGCGAAUGUUCUGUCGUGAAAGUCUUCGAGACCACAGAGCUACUGGAGAUCAUUCUAAGUUUUCUCGAUACCACUAGCGUCCUCACCCUCAGCUGUACGAACCCAAAAUGGAACGCAAUCACACGACAAUCGCCGACCCUUCGACUGCAUUACUUUGUUUUUCCAAAAUGGAACUCGUCCCCGCCGGGUUUCAAGCUGCUCGACCUCAAACUCCCGAGACUAUCGAUUGAGGCCGGUGAUCCUCUGGACCAAGGUCACUGGAUCAACGUCAAGAUGGACAUUGCUGCUGCUCGGUCGAUAUGUCCAGAUUCACGAUCAGGUCGACGGCUGCGUAGUCGCUCUAUCUUCGAAGGCCUCCGAGGCGGUCUUGGACCACGCGCAGAUCGGGAGGGAUGGCCUGCUCCUGUCACCCCAUCUCCGGAGUCGGACACUACCCUCAAGCAUGAGAGCCUCUUCAUUGUCCAACCGCCUGUACUAGGGAUGCAGGCUUUCAUUCUCGAUCCCAACGCCGCUGUUGAGCAUGACCCCGAUAACGAAGGGGGACCUUCGGCAUGCGCCAAAUUACACUGCGAUGCUGGCAUCACCUUGGGAUUUCUAGCGGAAACGACACUCUCACUGCUCUCGGACCGCGGCGUCAUGUUUGGACCAGAUGAUCGCACUGUGCUUUUCAAGGCCAUCAUCUCUUUCACUUCACGGGCGCAAGCACCGCGCAAGAGAGGCACAAUAAGAAGCGUGACUCGGAUCGAAUGA